AUGUCUUCUCCAGCGCCAACGUCGCCGGCUACGCCAUCUCCUUCACCACCGGCGCCGGUCCCACCCACGCCAUCGCCGCAGCCGCCGACUCCGGCGCCGGUGCCACCCACGCCAUCGCCGAUACCGCCGACUCCCGCGCCGGUGCCGCCCACGCCAUCGCCGCUGCCCCCAACUCCCGCGCCGGUGCCGCCCACGCCAACGCCGUCCCCUCCUCCUCCGUCUCCGUCGCCCCCACCGCCGGUGACGCCGUCCCCGCCUCCACCAGCUAGCGUACCAACACCAUCUUCACCUCCACCGGCAUCUCCUCCACCACCGGCGACCGUGCCAACGCCAUCACCUCCUCCGCCCGUAAGCGGCCCGCCUCCUCCCAGUGGUGUCCCGGCGUCACCGCCACCUCCUGAUUCCGUGCCAUCUUCGCCGCCGCCCCCUAAUGGAGUCCCGGCGUCGGCGUCACCGCCACCUCCUGAUUCCGUGCCAUCUUCGCCGCCGCCCCCUAAUGGCGUCCCGGCGUCACCCGCGCCUCCGCCGUCACAUCUGUCAUUGCCUCCACCUCCGCCGCCGGCCCCGUCGACAGGAACACCACCAACGUCCUCAUCGCCCUCCAAGUCGUCAAGCAACGGCAUCGCGGUGGGCAUAGGCGUCGCCGUCGCGGCGGUGGUCGUGCUCGGCCUCGCCGCCAGUCUCAUCUACUGCUUCAUGGGAAGGAAACGCCGGCGGCGGUCGCCGCCGCCGUCUCAGGGGUUCCCAGGCGAGUUCUACGACCCGCGGCGUCCGGUGACGCCGCCGUACAUGUCGCACGCGCCGUCGACGACGCCAUCCUCGACGCCGCCGCUGAUGCACUCGUGGCAGAGCAGCCACGGCCCGUCCGAGUCCCCGAUGCCGCCGCUGAACCCUUCGCCGGCAAUCACGGGCGGCACGUUCGCGUACGACGACCUGGCGGCGGCGACGGACGGGUUCUCGGACGCGAACCUGCUCGGGCAGGGCGGGUUCGGGCACGUGUACCGCGGCACGGUGGGCGGGCAGGAGGUGGCCAUCAAGAAGCUGCGGGCCGGCAGCGGGCAGGGCGACCGCGAGUUCCGCGCCGAGGUGGAGAUCAUCAGCCGCGUGCACCACAAGAACCUCGUCUCCCUCGUCGGCUACUGCCUCUACGGCGAACAGCGGCUGCUCGUCUACGAGUACGUGCCCAACAAGACCCUCGAGUUCCAGCUCCACGGGAGUGGCAGGCCGACAUUGGACUGGCCGAGGCGGUGGAAGAUCGCGGUCGGCUCGGCAAAGGGCCUCGCUUAUCUGCACGAAGACUGUCACCCUAAGAUCAUCCAUCGUGACAUCAAGGCGGCGAACAUCCUUCUGGAUUACAACUACGAGCCAAAGGUUGCAGAUUUUGGGUUGGCCAAAUACCAAGCAGCUGAAGUCACCGCUGUUUCUACGCGUGUAAUGGGAACUUUCGGAUAUCUGGCGCCAGAGUACGCUGCCACAGGCAAAGUUAACGACCGGUCCGACGUCUUCUCCUUCGGCGUGAUGCUUCUGGAACUGAUCACUGGGAGGAAACCAAUCAUGACAUCUUCAGAGUAUCAGCCUGAGACAUUGGUUUCUUGGGCUAGGCCAGUGCUGACAAGAGCUGUCGAGGAGGAGAACUACGACGAGCUGAUCGAUCCGAGGCUGGAGAGCAACUACGACGCGUACGACAUGGCGCGGCUGGUCGCGUGCGCCGCGGCCGCCGUGCGACAGACCGCGCGGUCACGCCCGCGGAUGAGCCAGAUUGUCCGGUACCUGGAGGGCGAGCUGUCGGUGGAGGACCUGAACGCCGGCGUGAUGCCGGGGCAGAGCGCGAUGCAGCGGUCGGGCGGCGGCACGACCGACCAGAUCAACCGGCUCAGGCGGAUGGCGUUCGGGCCGGGCGCGGGAGGGAGCACCGGGACCGGGACCAUCACGGAGUACGCGAGCAGCGAGUUCAGCGAUCCCACCAGUGAGUACGGGCUGAACCCAUCCAGUGAGUACACGGCCAGCAGCGCGGGCGACACGGGCGAGGUGGCCGCGGGUGCGCAGGGGCAGCAGUGGCACGUCAGGCGCGCGGCCGGCAGCGACACCGAGAGGAUGAGCCGGCGCACCACCGGCAGAACGCGCCCAGCCGUAACACACUGA